AUGUUUUGUCAUCAGAUUAGACGUCUUUCAUGUUUUUCUCGACUAUUGCAACAUGCAGAGUCGCACACCACACUUUCAGGGCUUCCGCAAUUACACCCACUCUUGGUCCGUCGAGCGCACCUGUUGCAAGAAGAACAAGCACAGUUGAGCUCCAAGCUAGACACAUAUGACCCCGAAUUGCAAAUCACAUAUGACCGAAAUUCACACGUGUUGAAAACAUACGAUGAAUUCAGUAGAAUUUUACUGGAGAUCCGCGAACUAUCAACUAUAAGGGAUCCAGACUUGAUUUCGGAGGCGCAGGAAGAGUUGCAGGAAUUGGUGCCAAAGUAUACAUCAAUCAUUGAAGAGUUGAACAAUAAACUAUUGCCACCCGUGAAGUAUGCCGAGUGUGGUUGCAUGAUUGAGCUAAGACCGGGUGUUGGUGGGAAUGAGGCGAGUUUGUUUACUGACGAUUUGAUGCAAAUGUAUCUCAAUUUCGCCAGUAUUCAGAGUUGGCCCGCACUGGUUAUUUCGAGGUCUACCAACUCUUCGGGGUUUGUGAAUGAAAUCAUAUUGAGUAUAAACCAGCCAGGAGCGUAUGAUGUGUUGAGGCAUGAAAGUGGAGUGCAUAGAGUUCAAAGGAUUCCCGAGACUGAAAAUAAGGGUAGGGUACAUACAUCAACUUCUGCGGUCAUCAUACUUCCAAAGAUGAGUGAUGGCAACGAAAACUCAUUGCGUGCAGAUGAGAUGCAAUUCAAGCCAGGCGAAGUGAGAAUUGAUACUAUGAGAGCCGGUGGGAAGGGUGGCCAGCAUGUCAAUACCACCGACUCGGCAGUGCGAUUGGUUCACAUUCCUACUGGGAUAAUGGUUAUGCAGCAGGAUGAGCGGUCACAGCCACAGAACAAGGCCAAGGCAUUUGCCAUUCUUCGUGCUAGAUUGGCUGAAAAGGAAAGGGUUGAGGAGUUGAACCGACAGAGACAGAUGCGAACGUCACAAGUUAGUUCUACUGACCGAAGUGACAAGAUCAGGACAUACAACUAUCCACAGAAUAGAGUCACAGAUCAUAGAUGCGGGUUCAGUUUGCAUGAUAUUGCGGGGUGUAUGGGUGGUAACAAAUUGAAUGAAAUAAUCGACAAGGUGAGGGAAGUAGAGUAUAAGGAAAGAUUACAAGAGAUGUUAGAGAACAGUGGUGCGAACUAG